UUUUACGCACCACACCACCGCGGAGGUACAGCUGAUUCCCAGCAGCUCUUUGACACAUUAUGAUAUUUGGAGUAUUUUCACGUGCAGCACACGUUAAGGUGCUAUUCUGAGCUUUUUCAGAUUGAUAAACACUUUUCCCGGACCUGCAGAGUAGAUUGAUCUCCUUCCAUCGCGCGUAAAAGCUAUUCGGUGCGCCAGGAGGCAACAUCACCGCUUAAAGAAGUCAACUUUUUCUCUGAUUUUGAGACAAAUCAUCAAGAUGGAAAACUUUACAACAGCUCGGGAGCUGAACCACACUUUGGGGGUUUGGACGGACAACAGCCUCCAGUACAAAGUGAUAAGCAGUGUGCUGCUUUUCGUGAUUUGCGUUUUAGGAUUCGUUGGCAACGUUAUGGUCAUCCUGGUGGUGCUCACUACCAAACACAUGAGGACUCCCACUAACUGCUACCUGGUGAGUUUGGCGGUGGCUGACCUGAUGGUGCUGAGCGCGGCUGGCUUACCCACAAUCACAGAGAGCAUCCUCGGAUCCUGGGUGUUCGGACACUACGGGUGCCUCUGCAUCACCUACUUCCAGUACCUCGGGAUCAACGCCUCCUCCUGCUCCAUAACCGCGUUCACCAUAGAGAGGUACAUCGCCAUCUGCCAUCCCAUUAAAGCGCAGUUUCUGUGCACCCUCUCGAGAGCCAAAAAGAUUAUCCUGUGCGUCUGGGCUUUCACUUCCCUGUACUGCGUGAUGUGGUUCUACCUGUCAGACAUCCAGGAGCUGGUGUACGACAACAUCACCAUCAUCACGUGCGGAUACAGAGUGUCCAGGAAGUUUUACCUGCCCAUCUACUUCUUUGAUUACGGAGUUUUCUUCGUGGUGCCGCUGAUGCUCUCCGCGGUGUUGUACGGACUCAUCGCCAGGAUCCUCUUCAACAACCCGCUGCCCUCCGACCCCAAAGACAAGAAGAAGAACGGACACAACAACCACAGCAACACCAAGAGGACCAGCUGCAAGAACUCCCGCCACUCCAGCUCCACCGCCACCUCCCGCAGACAGGUGACCAAGAUGCUGGCUGUGGUGGUGUUCCUGUUUGCCACGCUCUGGAUGCCGUACCGCACCCUGGUGCUGGUCAACUCCUUCCUGGACCGAGCCUACCUGGACAGCUGGUUCCUGCUGUUCUGCCGGAUCUGCAUCUACCUCAACAGCGCCAUCAACCCAGUCAUCUACAACGCCAUGUCUCAGAAGUUUCGCGCCGCUUUCCGCAAGAUCUGCGGCUGCAGGAGGAAAGGCUCGGAUAAACCGGCCGCCUACAGCGUGGCCCUGACUUACAGCGCGGCCAAAGAGACGUCCAUGGUGGAGAGCACCGACCCCUUCACCACGGAGCUGGAGGAGCUCACGGCCACCGACGAUCUGCUGUCUGAUCAGAAGAUGAUGUUCCCCGACCCCUGCGUGUACGAGAAGGAGAAUUUCAGCGACGCCUGAGCUUCGUUUGCGGAGGGUCAAUCAAGGAUUUGAAAAAGUUGACUAAUGUAGUCCGUUGAGUGGAAUAUGGUUUCCUGAGUGCCUGCUGACCUUUUCAGAGCCAGAGAUGUAAACACAGAUUACAGUCGCUGAUGCGUGAUGGCAGUGUUUGAGGCACAAAGCCCAGUAAAGGUUUGAAAUGAAAUGAAAUGAAAUGAAAUGAUGCCGGACAUUGUGAAGCAACAAACACGGACAGAUAAGCACCCUCUUAUUGCACAGCUGUUAUCUUAUCCUGGACCUAUAGUAAUAAACUGAGAAUGAGUCCACAAAACAUGAAUGUGAACACAAAAUUCUCACUUGAGAUGUACGGUGUAAAUAACUCCAAUACCCAGAAAUCCUGCAAACUGACACGUUUACCAUCAUAGCCGCUCAGUGAUGCUCAUACCAAAGGAUACCAAAGAGAUGACAGAAGCAAAGAGAAAAAAACGCAGAAUUGAAGGAGUUGAAUUGCCUCUUCAUGUCACGAUUUACCAUUAUCCAAGAGUGAAUUGACUGCACUGUUCAUGCUGAAUUUCAGGAAGGGUGUUUUUC